GUGAUGUGCGAUACUCGAAAUUGUGAUAAUUUGUCCAAUUCUGUCGGGUCAACCGCGAGGAAAAAAACAUCAAUUUCGUCAAAAGUGAUCGGUUUCUGCAGUCUCGAUUUAAUGCCGAUAUUGCUAGGUGAAAAAUCGCUCACUGAAAAAGUGGUUGUUCAUUCCGCGCAUCUCUGGCUCAAUAGCAAUGCGAUCUCAUUGCACAAUCUUCCUGCGCUAACAGUGACAAUGGCAUAUGAUGGUAAAGAUAUAUUUCCCUCGGAAAUGAAAAUUAAUUUCUUGAAUAUUACAGUGGAAAGUAUCUACAAUCCACCGGUUUUCUUCGCUGAAGAUGCGGAGCAUCAAGCAGGCACGAUAGUAUAUAUUGACAAUGAGAUUCCCGAAAACGUGAUAUUCGAAAACGGCAAAUGGACAAAUUAUCACGACGCGGAAAGAGCGAAGAAGUGGCAGAGUUUAUCGAAAUUGCAAAGUAACGCCAGAUUGUCAAAAUGGAAAAUCAGUCGCGAUUAUGCAAAUAUAAAAAAUACGCUCGGUGUAAAACUCGACUUGCAGAAGAAACUAUCGCAGGAUGAACCUAGAAUCGAAUGGAACCUCAUGUGUCGCAGGAUAAUGAAUGAUGUAGGCAUUGAAGCGAUGCAGAAGCAUAUUGCCAAGUAUAUGUUUAUCGUGUUAUACAGAAUAUCCCUAAAAUUUUGAGAAAGCGGUCGUGUGCAGAUAGAGCGGACUAAACUGAGUCGAAAAGUCCUGUACCAUUUUGCAAUUUUUGCAACAGUUAACGAGUUAUUAAUUACU